AUGUCGUCUACGGGGGAUAAGAAAGUUGCCCUCAGGACAUGUGUGAGGUGUAGGAGAAAUAAAAUCAAAUGUGAUCUGCAAUCCUCGAGACCCGAAGCUUGCUCGUCUUGUAGAAAAAGAGGUGUUGAAUGUGUUACCGAGUAUGUUGUUCCACAUCAAAGAUCCCAAGAAGUGCUGUCGAUAGUAAGCGGGGUGGUUGAUCUGAAAAGUGAACUUGUGGAAAAGGUUUGUCGGUAUGAAUACAUCGGAGUUGAAGCCAAAAAGAAGUUAGGAAUCCCACUGUCGUCUAGCCUAAAGUAUGGGUCUAGUAAAGUUAUAAGCAUGGGAGAAGGAGAUUAUGUGAUUGUUUCGGUGCGGGAUGGGUUUUUGAAUAUUAAUAACUGUAGCAUCAAAAUUGAAGAAUUUGAGGUAGCAUUAGAUGGGUUUCGGAAUACAGUUGGCCAGUUGCUGAACCUGUACGGUAAAUGGGAGGCUGAUCAUAGUUUCAUUUCUGAAAAUCUUAUUGUGGAAAGGACCGACAGGUAUAAUGUUCUGAAUCUGUUUUGGCGCGAUGAGUUGCCUCUUUUGUUGUGUUUGGCUAAUUUUUACUACGAGGUUCCUGGUUUGAGAUACAGGGUAAUCUAUGACAGAAUAUUGGAGGAUUUUUGCCAUAUGGCAAUUGAAGACGUUGAUAGAGGCCAGUGGUUUGAUAAAAGAACACUCUCGAGGUAUAUUGUGGGCGAGAAUGAAGGAAUGAGUGGUGUGCACUUUAAUGGUGAAAUGUUCAUAAAAAAGCUGACCUUAUUUUUGUUUUACCAAAUAAUAUUGUAUGGUUUCGACCAUUACAUGGAUUCAUUCAUGAGCCGAUAUAUAAGAACUCUAGAGAACGUCCGGAAAAAGGUGAACAUUGAAAAAAACUGGGAAGUGAAGUGGGUAAACUUUUAUGUCAAGAUAUUUGAUUUAAUUACGAAUAUGAACUGCGUUGUGGAUUUCGGUAAUGAAGGCAUACCUUUGCUGAAGCUUCUGGAGAUAGAUUCAAAGAUUUUGCAUCUGAAAGAAGAGAAGGUUUCUGGAUUUUCUUCCACUUGUCUGAAGUAUAUUGAAGAUAUGAAGCCUUUUCUUGACGUGGAUACGCAUAGAGCUAGUUUUUGGUCCAAGUUUGUUGCCCAGUUUGUUACCUUAAACUUGAUUGGCGCUGGAAACGCUUGCGAAGAGGGUCACUGCAUCGAUGCUGUUGGUAAGAUGAAGUUUAACGGUUUUGAUGUGAAACCUAUGUGGGGUGGUGGGGAUGAAUAUAGUGUGUUUGAGGAUCACGAAGGUGUUAGAGAUGCAGAGUUUGUGGGGAUUGUACAUAAGAAUGCUGUCAAACGUUUAAUGCGGUUCGAAGACUUCAGCGUGUAUGAUCUUGUGGUUUCGUGUUUCACCUCAAAAGGGUACGAAAAAAUGAAAGAUCGCUGUUGCUGCAAGAUGAUCAAAGAUUUGCUACAAAGUGUGGUAAUGGACGGCAUGAUCGCUAAGAUCGAUAAGAAUAAUGGGGUUGAGCUGUCAAGAUAG